UUGCCUGCUCCGCUGGGGGUUGUUCACUUAUGUGUUGUAAGAUAGCAUACAAAGGCUGCUCUGUGUGGUGUAACUCUUCGCUUAAAGCAAACAGCCGAGAUUGUUUUUCUGGACUGUUGCGUCUCUCCAACUGUUCUGCACCUUAAAGCCUCAGCAGAGAGCUUCUGCUUGUGGACCACGGAGGAAACAAAUUACAAAACACCCUUUUUAGUGUUUUAUGAUAUACCCCAUUCGGAGUCGAGCAGAUAACUGUCCUUUUAAAACCCGCCAAUAUCUGGAUAGACGAGGCGACCCCUUGAUGACCGCACGCCCCUGACGCGUCUGGAGAAAAACGGGGCCGUUCGCGAUGGAGAGUCUGUCGAACGAGAGCGACCCGUGGCGCUUCAACGAGUCCUGGCGGAACUUCGGCGUCGGCAACGGGAGCAGCGGGUCGAACCAGACGAACCCCCUGAAACGCAACGAGGAGGUGGCGAAAGUGGAGGUGACCGUGCUCGCGCUGGUGCUCCUGCUGGCGCUGGCUGGAAACCUGUGCGUCCUGCUGGCCAUCCACACCACCAAGCACAGCCAGUCCCGCAUGUAUUACUUCAUGAAGCACCUCAGCAUCGCCGAUCUGGUGGUGGCCAUAUUCCAAGUCCUCCCCCAGCUCAUCUGGGACAUAACGUUUCGCUUCUACGGACCCGACCUUCUCUGCAGGCUGGUCAAAUACCUACAGGUCGUCGGCAUGUUCGCCUCCACCUACAUGUUGGUGUUGAUGUCCAUAGACAGGUGCCUGGCGAUUUGCCAGCCACUUCGGUCCCUGCACAAGAGAAUAGACCGCUUCUACGUGGCCUUCUCCUGGGGGUUGAGCCUGCUCUUCAGCAUCCCGCAGAUGUACAUCUUCUCCCUGCGGGAGGUCGGGUCCGCCGGGUCGGGGGUGUACGACUGCUGGGGCGACUUCGUGCAGCCCUGGGGAGCCAAGGCUUACAUCACCUGGAUAAGCCUCACUAUUUACAUCAUUCCGGUGGCCAUACUGAGCAUCUGCUACGGGCUGAUCAGCUUUAAGAUAUGGCAGAACUUUAAGCUGAAGACCAAGCGGGACCAGUGCAUCAGCCUCACGCCCAAGGCUUCCGCGUGCAGCACGCUGGCCCGGGUCAGCAGCGUCAAGCUCAUAUCCAAGGCCAAAAUAACCACCGUCAAAAUGACCUUCGUCAUCGUCCUGGCUUACAUUAUCUGCUGGACGCCCUUCUUCUCCGUCCAGAUGUGGUCGGCGUGGGAUCCAGCUGCGCCCCGGGAAGCCAUGCCCUUCAUCAUCUCCAUGCUGUUGGCGAGCCUCAACAGCUGCUGCAACCCCUGGAUCUACAUGUGCUUCGCGGGCCACCUCUUCCAGGACCUCAGGCAGAACUUCCUGUGCUGCUCGGCCCACUACCUGAAGUCUUCCCAGUGCCGCUGUGACAGAGACUUUGACUCCAGCCACAAGAGCAACUCCUCCACCUUCGUCAUCAAGAGCACCAGCAGCCAGAGGAGCAUCACCCAAACCUCCACCACGUAACACAACCCCCAACGCCCAAACUGACACCACCAGCACCCGUCUCCUG